AUGUUUACGGACCUCCCUGAUGACAUCUAUCUUUACUUACUUCAAUUCCUUCCUUACCAGAGCGACAUCAACGCACUUGCGCGAACCAAUGGCUAUCUAUACUCACUCCUAAAUCCUCUCCUUUACCGACACAAUGUCAAACAUGCAAAGUGCUCGGCCUUACAAUGGGCUGCAAGACGCGGAAAUGCCUCGACCGCGCGGAGAAUGCUCGAUGAGGGCGCUCCCCUGGAUGCCGGUGUCGAGGAUCCAUGGCUUCUCCCCAUAGCAGUGGCUGCCAGAGGAGGCAACGACUCCAUCGUUUCUCUCUUCAUCGAAAAAGGCUUAGACCUCACAGCUGUGGUGGACUCAGGAGGAACAUCCUCGUGCAGGUAUCUUGCCAACGAACUGUUACACCAGGCUGUAAUGGAAGGCCAAGAGUCGAUGGCCCGGCGACUUCUGCCAUAUAUGGUGGACCCCAAGUCUAUGAAGUACCCGGUCAACAGGGCAGCAAGCCAUGGUGAUCUUUCGCUUCUGAAGUUCAUGGUGGAUCUGGAAUAUGAAAAAGAUCCGGGAUAUGACAUUGACAAUGGAGACGCGGACAAAUACGGUGACACGCCGUUGAUCAAUGCAGCGAUGAAUAGGAAUAGCGACAUCGUCUCGUUUCUCAUCGAGUGUGGAGCAAAUUUGGAGCACGAAGGCUCAUACCGGACUGCCUUGACGGUGGCUGCCGCCGAGGGUCAUUUCACAAUUGUCAAGACUCUAAUUGCUGCUGGUGCUCGACCGGAUCCGGUCUGCAGCCAGGGCGAAAAAACUCUCAUGGCUGUGGCUGAAGCUGCAGAGGCUCAGCACCUCGAUAUAGCGCGAUUCUUGCUCGAUCACAUUGAUGUGGACCAGAAAAUCGUCGAGACCGGCGAUGAUCCGCAUUUACUUUUGCGAGCUGCUGCCCUGUGUGGGCUAGAUGAUAUCAUCAAAAAGCUUCUCGACAGCGGAGAUGUCAUUGUGAACAAGCUCAAAGACUCUGGCAACUCGGACUAUUUUGGAGCAGGCUGGGGGGAGGCCGUGUCCCUGGCAGCCCAGCUAGGAAGCUUAGAAUCCAUGAAGCUUCUACUGGACACAAACCCACCACAUGUGAGAAACCAUAUGGGUAUGGCUUUGGAAACCGCCAUCAGAGCCAAUGACAUGGCAAAAACGAAGUUACUCCUCGACUAUGGUGCAGAUCCAAACACCAAAGACUACAGAGGCCAAACUAUCCUGGGAUAUGUUGGCAGUGAAGAGAUCCUUGAGAUGCUCUUGGACUACGGCGCUACUUUGGAAUCAACGCACGAGAAGGCGGAUAACAACAUUCUAGUGCAGGCUAUUGUAUCCGGGGACAUUGGCUUGUUGGAGAUACUGCUGAAACGGGGAGUCAAGAUGCAGAUUUCACGACGUACAGGGACAACACUUCUCAAAUCAGGCGUCCGGGGAGGUGAGAAGAUGAUGCAAUUCCUACUUGACAAUGGAAUGUCCAUUCCUGCGCCUUGCAGAAUGGUGGACCAGUGCAUGGCAAUCGCGGCGCGAGCAGAUCAGCAGGCAGUGCUGCAGUUCUUCCUUGACCGAGGAUAUUGUCCUGGUUCUGACGCACGAUGUGCAAAGCUUCUUGAAACGACAUCUGACGGACCAGGGGUGGGCGUGAGUGCGACACUUGAUCUAUUGAUUCGUUACGGAGCAGAUCUCGAGGCGAAGAACCGAUGCGGCGAGCCCGCGCUAUGGCGCCAUGUUCGAGGAGGCCACGACAAUGCCGUGCAGCUUCUCCUGGAUAAGGGAGCGGAUCCCUUGUCCCGCAACCGACACAACGAGUGUUUACUCAAAGCUGCAGCCCAGAGUGGGAACUCAGGCGUGGUACGAAGCGUGCUUCAGGCAAUUGCUCGGCGCGGUGUUCCCUGGGUAGAAGUGCAAGGUGCCUGGUCCCAGGCGAGCGCAGAGGCAAAAUACAAGUAUCCCAGAGUUACUCGCGAGCUGGAUGUUUUUUACUGCCGGACGAUGUUUCCUGCCCUAUCUCAAUCCACCCAUUGCGCCUUCCGACGUGCGGCCUGGACUUCCCGUCAUCGCUGGACAAUCAACCCUUCCUCCCAUCCCUACCGACAAUUCCAAUUCCAAUCCUCUUAUUCUACGCAACACCACCCGCACGAAGACCCGAACCCCGAUAUCACCAUGGGCGCCAAGGAGGGAAAAGCCGGUAAGGUGAGCUUCCAGCUCAAGACGGCAAAAGGAACCCGGGACUGGCAGGGAAUCGACAUGAACCUGCGGGACUCGAUCUUCUCCAAUGUCGCCGACGUCUUCAAGCGCCACGGCGGCACCGCCCUCGACACGCCCGUCUUCGAACUGAAGGAGAUCCUGGCUGGGAAGUACGGCGAGGACUCGAAGCUUAUCUACGACCUGGCGGACCAGGGUGGAGAGAUCUGCGCGUUGAGAUACGAUCUGACCGUGCCGUUUGCGCGUUGGUUGGCUAUGAACUCGACGAUACAGAACAUCAAACGCUACCACAUCGCGAAGGUCUACCGACGUGAUCAACCGGCCGUUGCGAAAGGACGUAUGCGCGAGUUUUAUCAGUGUGAUUUCGAUAUCGCCGGUUCCUACGACGCCAUGAUCCCCGACGCCGAGAUCGUGCGUAUCAUUGUCGAUGUGUUUGAAGCCCUCGGACUUCGGGAGGAUAUCACAAUCAAGAUCAACCACCGGAAGAUCCUGGACGGUCUGUUCACGGUGGCAGGUGUGCCAGAGGAUAAGAUCCGCAGCAUCAGCUCGGCUGUUGACAAGCUGGAUAAAUCGCCGUGGGAAGAAGUCAAGAAGGAGAUGGAAGAAAAGGGCCUCUCGCCUGAGGUUGCCGACAAGAUCGGAGAAUACGUGAAACUGAGCGGUGGUCGCGAACUCGUCGAGACCUUGAAGGCGGACGCUCAAGUUUGCGUGAACGAGGACGUUAAGAAGGGUCUUGACGACAUGGAACUCCUCUUCAAAUACCUAGAAGUGUUCAAGGUGACGGAUAAGCUGUCCUUUGAUCUCUCCCUUGCCCGCGGCCUCGACUACUACACCGGUCUGAUAUUCGAGGUCGUCACCCCCCUCUCCUCCGCCGACGGGUUCAACGCGAACAAGACGAAAUCCUCCUCGAAACCCAAGAAGAGCAAGGACAACGAUGAGGAUAGAUCCAACGAUAACACCAUCGGCGUGGGUAGUGUCGCCGCUGGCGGUCGAUAUGAUAACCUGGUCAACAUGUUCGCUCCCAAGCGUCAGAUCCCCUGUGUUGGUGUGUCGUUCGGAAUUGACCGUAUCUUCACCAUCAUGAAGCAACGGCUUGAGAAGGAGCAGCAGGAAGGCAAUGCUUCGAUCCGACCCAACGAAGUCGAGGUCUUCGUCAUGGCGUUCGGUGGCAAGGGAUUCAACGGCCUCCUGCUCGAGCGGAUGUCGGUUGCCGAUCAGCUCUGGAACGCGGGCAUCAAGGCCGAAUAUACCGCGUCGGUCAAGCCGCGACUCCCCGCGCAGUUCAAGCAGGCUGAAAACGGCGGCGUGCCUCUCGCCGUCAUCCUCGGCGAGGACGAGGUCGCGGCGGGCCAGGUUAAGCUGAAGGUCCUUGGGUUGCCUGACGGUCAUCCCGAGAAGGACGGACGCUUGGUUUCCAGAGACGACCUGGUUUCGGAGGUCAAGAAGGCGCUCCAGCGUUCUUAG